AUGGCAGGAUUGAAGCGCCCUCUGCCUUCAGCAAUACAGGACGCGAUGACGAUAGCGGACAUGCAGAGACUGGGCGGGCAAUAUGUCGGAGAGGGCGGCACUGGGGCCGUCUUCUUGAUCAACGGCGUUGCAGUCAAAGUUGCGUACAACGAAGAUUACUCUGUGAAAAUCCAACAUGAGAAGAAUGUCUUCGAGCGUCUCGGCAAUUGUGACGGAGUGAUUGAGUCCUUCGAUCUUCAAGCCCCGGGCAUUCGAAUGACUUAUAUGGCAAACGCUGAUCUUCGCCAAUUCCUCGCGCGAAAUCGAACUCUUGAUUUCCCGCCUCCCACGCUACAGCUUUACUGGUUUCGCCAGAUGACUCGCGCUCUUGCUGCGGUCCACGAGCGCCGCGUCCUUGUCGCUGAUAUCAGCGCGAGAAAUUUCCUUGUUGACAAAGACCUGUCGAUCAAGUUAUCCGACUUUUCCGAGUCAUCCAUUCUCGAUAUCGACUGCAAUGUCCAGACUUGUGACGAUAACGGUUACACCAUACACACAGAGAUUGGUCAGCUCGGCGCUGUCUUCUACGAGACCAUUACAGCAGACAAGUGCAGCUUUGAUCUUUAUAAACACCAGCUUCAUGGAGCCUCGAUCGCCGAGUUCCCACUAAGAAACGACCUUCCGAGCACCCAGGGGCUCUGGCUAGGACAUAUUAUCGAGAAGUGUUGGAACAAGGAGUACGCGACCUGCCAUGAGCUGUCUGCUGCGCUCGAGUCGGGGGAGCUGGUGAGAGAAGAAGACAAAGGUCGGCCGGAUCGGGCCGUCAUCAAAGAGCUGGAACAGUCUGUACAGACAUCCUUACCACCCAACCGAGCUCACGGCAGCCACUGA